AUCUGGAAGAAGCGGACGAAUCGAGAAACAAAGCUGGUAAGACCGUGAUUCUUUUCUUUUUCAGGCUCCUCCGCAUAACAAUGCUCCUCCCACCAUUCCUUCCCCCAAGCCACCUACGCGCCAACCGUCUGCGGGAUAUACAAUACCAUACGAGCGAUUUGUGACGCAACUGCUUCUUUCCAGUCCCUUCUCCUUUUUAACGCCGGUCCCCACCCCUCUUUCGUCUCUUUAUUCCUUCCCCUCCCAUCACCAAGUCUUAUUUUCUUUACGUCCUAACUAAGCUUUAACACCCCAGCGUUGUUAUAUCAGCAGUUACAUAAACGUGAUCAACCGACAACUAUGGCCAUCCAAAAGAUUCACGCUCGCUACGUCUACGACUCUCGUGGCAACCCCACAGUCGAAGUCGAUGUUGUCACGGAGACCGGUCUGCACAGGGCGAUCGUGCCUUCCGGUGCUUCCACCGGCCAACAUGAGGCUUGCGAGCUCCGCGAUGGCGACAAGGCCAAGUGGAAUGGCAAGGGUGUCCUCAAAGCCGUUGAGAAUGUAAACAACAUCAUUGGCCCUGCCCUCGUUGAGGAGAACAUCGAUGUGAAGGAUCAGAGCAAGGUCGAUGAAUUCCUCAUCAAACUUGAUGGUACCCCCAACAAGACCAACCUUGGUGCCAAUGCUAUCCUUGGCGUCAGUCUGGCCGUCGCCAAGGCUGGCUCUGCCGAGAAGGGCGUCUCUCUGUACGCUCACGUUUCGGACCUCGCGGGCACCAAGAAGCCUUAUGUCCUUCCCGUUCCCUUCAUGAAUGUCUUGAACGGCGGGUCGCAUGCCGGUGGCCGACUUGCCUUCCAGGAGUUCAUGAUCGUCCCGAGUGAGGCUUCCUCAUUUUCUGAGGCCAUGCGCCAAGGUGCGGAGGUCUACCAGACCCUGAAGGGCUUAGCCAAGAAGAAGUACGGUCAAUCCGCGGGCAACGUAGGUGACGAGGGCGGUGUCGCCCCGGAUAUCCAGACGCCGGGCGAGGCUCUUGAUCUGAUCACGGAGGCUAUCGAGGCAGCCGGCUACACGGGUAAGAUCAAGAUCGCCAUGGACGUAGCCUCAAGCGAGUUCUACAAGGAGGACGCCAAGAAGUACGACCUCGACUUCAAGAACCCUGACAGCGACCCUAGCAAGUGGAUUACAUACGAGGAGCUGGCGGCUCUCUACUCCGAUUUGUGCAAGAAGUACCCUAUUGUCAGCAUUGAGGAUCCUUUCGCCGAGGACGAUUGGGAGGCCUGGAGCUACUUCUACAAGACCCAGGAUAUUCAAAUCGUUGCCGAUGACCUGACUGUGACGAACCCUUUGCGGAUCAAGAAGGCCAUCGAGCUCAAGGCCUCCAAUGCCCUGCUUCUGAAGGUCAAUCAGAUCGGCACCCUUACUGAAUCGAUUCAGGCGGCCAAGGACUCCUAUGCUGACGGCUGGGGCGUCAUGGUGUCGCACCGCUCGGGUGAGACCGAGGAUGUGACCAUCGCAGACAUUUCCGUUGGCAUUCGAUCCGGUCAGAUCAAGACCGGUGCACCGGCUCGGUCAGAGCGUACGGCCAAGAUGAACCAGAUCCUCCGCAUCGAGGAGGAGCUCGGCGAUCAGGCCAUCUAUGCUGGCGCCAAUUUCCGCAAGGCUGUGACUCUGUAAGGCCGUACGUGAGCGCCUAACGCGAACAAGUUCGACGACCGGCGUCACCGGGAACUGGAAAAGCAAAAAGUAUAUAGUUGGGAAAUUUGGCAGACGCAUAUCCCAGCUCUCUAAUUCGAGCUCAGGCAAGGUGUCCGAAUAUAACACCCAUACCAACUAAAUUGUAAUGCUCUGUCAGAAACAGCGUAACCGUAGCGGUCCAAAAUAGGGUCGAAAUUGAAGGGUUAAAUCGUAUAUUGAUUGAGACUGGUGCGUGCUACUAUAAUCCCACGAAGAUAUAUUAUUAGAUACCCCUAGCCACCUUAUCGAGGUAUGACAAACCAAGUUGUGUGAGACGUGUGGAGUACGUCGGUUGUUGAAUUGACGGGAGCGUGCUUGUAUGGAGCGUUAAUUCAAGAAAUGUAUAAUUAUAUUAUGUACUAAAAGAGAAAGAAAAAGGGGGCGGGUAUACGUGUCCUAAAUAUAUCUGCCACCUUCUAAGCGAGGAUAAUAGGGCA